GCCAGCGCCAGUCUCUGCUCGAACGCGGCACGGACCGUGUCGAUCCGUUGCGAUGUGAACGCCUAAACCUUACAACUGUCUACAACGACAGCCUCUGUUGCGUGUGAAUCGACUAUAAUUUUACUUUUGUGAUAUUCAUUAACUUUUUGAUAUUCCAUAUUAUUUGCAUCCGUUGCGUGGAAUAUACGUAAGUGACGUUUUGUGUCAUCAUUAACCUCGGUGCUCUGUAUUACUGACACGUUUUAGGACCGUAGUCUUAAGUGCCGUGUGACGAAAGUAACAUUCUGGGAAUAAAAACACAUUAUCCGACCCUGUUAUUUGGAUAUGGUCAAAAGAAGCGGUCAGCUGGGCAACUGUUCUGUGGCGACAUUGAUGGAGUUCCGCUUGGACAGCGCGGAGUACUGCCAGGCCCAACACAAAUAAAUUCGCGGGCGUCCCGUGAAGACGAGGUAGCGGGCUAGCGACAGGACCCAUGCUGCCGGGAGCGCACGUCUCUCGCACCCCAAGCACUUUGCGAUAUACACCCAUCCAUUUUUACCUUAAAAUUGGAUCCCACUUUUAAUUGGAGCAUAUCAUUGCCGAAGUAAACGACUUAUGUUUUGUCGAAUAAUUUCUUAUUAAUUUAGAUUCCCAAUUCGUAAAUUUUGUUUGAUAGUCUUCGAAUGUGCUCAAGUGGUUGAAAGCGACAUCCAUGCGGGUGGUUCUAAUUAUAUAAUUGGACCCUUUUUAAAGAAAAGUCACGAAACUGGAGUGUGUUGUGUGGAAAUAGAGUGACAAUUUGUCUGUUAAACUCUGACGGAUCGCUACAACUUGACGCGUGUGAAUAAAUCUGCCACCUCGGUGCGGGAGUGGUGGUGAAUCUUCUUUGACUGUAGGAACGUAAAGUAGUCAUCAUGAAGCAGAAGGACAUCAGGCCGGCGCCGUCUCUCAUUGAGUACAAGAACAUGCGCUUCCUCAUCACCGACCGACCAUCGGAUGUCACCAUCCAAGGCUACUUACAGGAGCUGAGGAAGCAUAACGUGUGCACCGUGGUCCGCGUGUGUGAACCGAGCUACGACACGGCGCCGCUGAAGGCGGAGGGCAUCGAGGUGCGCGACCUGGCGUACGACGAUGGAACCUUCCCGCCCGCUAACGUCGUCGACGACUGGUUCGAGAUCCUUCGCGAUAAAGCGGCGAACAAGCCGGAGGCGGCGGUGGCGGUGCACUGCGUGGCGGGACUGGGCCGCGCGCCCGUCAUGGUCGCCAUCGCGCUCAUCGAGCUCGGCAUGAAGUACGAGGAGGCCGUCGAAACCAUCCGAGACCAGCGUCGUGGUGCAAUCAACGCCAAGCAGCUCUCGUACCUGGAGAAGUACAGGCCGAAGUCGCGUCUCAAGAAGAACGGGCACAAGAACUCGUGUUGCGUGCAGUAGCGCGCGCGGCGAAUGUAGCUCUGCUUUCACACACACACUGACACAAGGAAGCCUAGACAACUAAACUAGUUAUAACUUUAACCCCCCUUCCCCAUUGCCUCUUUUGAAUCCACCCCUGUCUUAAUUUUGCCAGAGGUUGCAACCAGAUUUUCAGUCACCUGUGGGCUUAGACAAAAUGCAUCCGGUACCUUCGUUCCUUUAGCUAUUUCAACAUAACGACAUUCAUCAUAACAAUUAACUUAACAGAUAUUGGUAUAUUACCUGGCCUUAAGAUCGUUAAGAAACUAUGUCGCGUAGAAUGAUAUCGUAACAUAAAAGUCAAAGUUAUUCAAUAUAAAAGCAUUACAUUUGCUUAUUGAUUGUCAAAAUUCGACCACCAGUGGGGAACGAAACUUAAGACGUCUGCCUAGCCCGCUGAGCUCGAUACGGACGCCCGGACACGCUGCCAGCGUCCGAGCCAGAACUUGGUUACAACCUCUGACUUGUUACCCUCGGCAUAGUUAUUGGAGUAUUUUUAUUAAAUUCAUUUGAGAUCGUAUGCUGAUGUUUGAAUGUCCAAAGUAAAGGUGUAUAUCCCUCGUGCUGUACUUGUCCUAGCGGAAUCCGUUAAUAGACGCGAGCCACGAUUUGUGUUCAUAGUUGAAACAGCUACUUGGGUACUUACAUACUUGUUCAUAAUAAAAUCCAAUGUCCAUAAUAAUUACCAUCGAGUCAUCAGAGUCGCGCUUACUCCUUGAUUCUUUUUAUUUCUUAAUGUGUGUUGAAAUCAUGAUAUAUUUUUCCUAAAUAUUAUUUUCUAUGUAGAGCCUUAUUAUUAUCCAUAAGAAAAAUUGAGACAUAAUAGGAGAAAAUCUUGAUGGGUUUUGUGUUUCUAAGAUAAUAACUGUAUCGUCUGACUAAAGUAAUUUUAUUUUAAAUUCUUAUUUUAUUUAAUAUGAGAACAUCUAACUUAUAUGAAUACACCGUUUAUAAUGAAUUUCACAAAUAUUUUACAACCUUUGACUAAAUAAAUAAAUUUCUAAUAAAUUACAACCUGACACGAAAAGAUACUUGACUCACUAAAUGUUCCAAUGAAAAAAUAGCUCUUUGAUAUUAUUUUUCUAUUUCUAAUUUUAUGAAGAUACUAAUCGAAAUAUAUGAUUGUGUAACCACGGAACAGUCACAUUCAUAAAUAAAAAUAUUUAUAAGCAAUUGAA